AUGAUCACGGGAGGAAAUAUUACAGACAUCACCCAGUUCAUCCUCUUGGGAUUCUCAGAUUUUCCCAGAAUCACAGCGCUGCUCUUUGUUACAUUCCUGCUCAUCUACAUUACAGGUAUAACCUGGAACUUGUCUCUCCUUGUAUUAAUAAGCCUGGAUUCCCACCUGCACAUACCCAUGUACUUCUUCCUUGGUAACCUGUCCUUUAUAGAUCUCUGCUAUUUCAGCUCCACAGUGCCCAAGAUGCUCUCCAACUUCUUCCAGGAGCAGCAAACUAUCACCUUCCUGGCUUGCAUUGUCCAGAAUUUCAUCUUUUCUACCAUGGGGCUGAGUGACUCUUGUCUCAUGAUGGCCAUGGCAUAUGACUGGUAUGCUGCCAUUUGUAACCCAUUGCUCUAUUCUUCAAUCAUGUCACCCACCCUCUGUGUUCAGAUGGUGCUGGGAUCCUACAUGGCUGGACUUACUUCUUCUUUAUCACAACUGUAUGUCUUGCUUCAGCUCCACUUUUGUGGCCCCAAUGUCAUCAGGCACUUCUUCUGUGACAUGCCCCAGCUGCUAACUGUAUCCUGCACUGACACUUUCUUCAUUCAAGUCCUGACUGCUAUAUUAACAAUGAUAUUUGGAAUAGCAAAUGUCAUCAUUAUCAUGAUCUCCUACGGCUAUAUAAUCGUGUCCAUCACGAAGAUCACAUCAGCUACAAACAGGUCUAAGGCAUUCAACACCUGUUCUUCUCAUCUGACAGCAGUUUCCCUCUUCUAUACUUCCAGUAUCUUUGUCUAUUUGAGUUCCAGCUCUGGUGGCUCUUCCAGCAUUGACAGAUUUGCAUCAGUCUUCUACACUGUGGUGAUCCCCAUGUUGAAUCCCUUGAUUUACAGCCUGCAGAACAAGGAAAUCAAAGACGCCUUCCAGAGGUUGCAGAAGAAGCUGGUGUACUGCUAAGAUCAUAAAUCUGGGAUUUCUGACAGAGUUAGCUUGUCAGGCCCACCUUAAUUUGCAGUAAUGCAUGCAUUUGAAAGACUGAAAAAUUCAUCCUGAGUUUUGAGGAAGACCGAACUUGAUGGAAUCAAUAGGCCGAUGUGGCCCAUCGCCAACUGGGCAGUGCAGGAGCACUGCACCUUGUGAUUCUUGAGGUUUGUUGUUUUCAUGAAAAGCAGGGCCUCUUACUUUUGUCCACAAGUACUGAUGAAACUGAAUGUUUUAGAAACUUUCUUCUUAUUUUUGCUUAUGAGAUUGAAGACUGCUUAGUCUUAAUCCUCUGCUUUUAAAGAAGACCGUGGCUGAGGCUCUAGGAUGCAGAAACCCUGUCUCCCCAGUGACCUGACAUGGCAUGAAAGACAUGAUGGUCAUCAUUGAGGUUUUCAUAUUUCUGAACCAUGGAGAAGAGGAUAGAGAAACACUUACUGCCUUAAAUACAUAAAGCUAUGAAAGGUCCUAGUUUGUCUUCUGGAAAAACCAAACUGAGGCAGCUAAGUUCUGUGUAUGGCAAAUCUAUGGGAAAUAUCUAAUAAGUGUUGGGUCAUAUGCUUGUCUCCACUAGCCAUUGCUUGAGAAUAAGAGGUGAUUUGAAUCUCAAAGAUGGUUAGAAAGAAGGAUAUGGCUUCCUCAGCAAUGUUUGAAAACUGGUGAUAUGGCUUCUUACAUCUACAAUCUUGUAGGAAUUUUUGAUGAGAUUGGUUAUUUAAAGUCUAAAUGCUGGCCAGUAGCAAUAUCUGAUGAUGGUACCUCUUUCCUCAUCAAAUUAACAUAGCCAGUGAGCUAUGGUGCCACAUUAUUUCUCAGUUUCAAAUGUCUAUUCAAGUUUGUUGUCAGAUGACCUGUGUGAAUUUAUUAUAAUUGUGUCACUGACUAUUCAGUAUUAUAGGUACUAAUAACAAAUGUGGAAAACUGGUACACAUUCUUUUUCAUUGCCUAUAUAUUGUCACCAUUUUUGCUCUACAAUGUUUUGAUUACAUCAGAGUAAUACAAUAAAUGAAAUAAAAUAUUUUAAACUAUAAUCUUUGCAUUUUUCAGAAGCCCUAAAACUGAGAGAGGAAAUUAACAAUAGUAAAGAUGGGAUAUUCACUUCUGGCCAUAUGUGUCAUUCUUUUUGUUUUGUUUUGUACUAGGAAUUGAAUUCAGGACCUUGCACUUGCCUGGCAGAUGCUUAUGCCACUGAGCUAUA